AACGCCUUGAUUCACCGACAUCCACGUAUUCUCUCCCUGCUCGUUGAACUGGAUACAUUAAUCAAAAACAUUCAAAAUGUCAUUCGAUAGCAAUUAUAGCGACGAUGAUGAGUGCGCGGGCUACGAAUUUUGUUCGCGACGUAGCUCGUUUCCCGGAGUGCUACCUUUUGAUCCCAUGUCGCUAGAAAACUUAAUUUUGUCUAUCGUUGAUAAAUUCGACUUCCGCGUGGUAAUGACUAAUGAGCGAACAAGGGACGCUAUGCUGGUGACCGCGGGAUUCGCUUUGGCCGGCGGCCUGAUUGGAAAGAUGUACGGUGGACGAAUGGGAGCGGCCGUUGGUGGAGCCGUUGGCGGUGCUUGCGGUAUUGGUAUCGUUGCUGUUUCUAUGCGGGAAGUAUGGAAAGAAGUUCGCCCCAAGUUCGCAGAUGUGUUCGACCUUGUUUACGACUACCUGGCUGGCCUUGGGAUCAAAGAUUACGCGAACGCUGCCUUAUUUCUGGCCAAUGCGAACCCGCAAACCACGGUACUAGCCAAGAUGAUUUUGGAAAGUUCUUCGCAGAUAUUGGGAAAGCAAUUGGUGUCUAAUCUAGCUUCCUAGUGCCUAGUUAGUAGUAAUCUAGUAAUUUAUUUAAAUAAGGGUAGGCUUAAAAAUAAUAAAUGUUGUAACGCUUUGAUAACCCAUAUAAUAAUGCUUUAAUUUAAUUUAUUUAUUUAUUAAAUUUGACUAAUAAUGACUUACUGACAUGACUGCAAAUUGUUAUUAUGUACCUAUCUGUAUGGAAAGAAUUGUGUGUAUUUUAUCAUGUAGAACGUGUCCUUGAAAUAAUCAAACAUUGAGAAUAUAAAUAAAGUUAUUAAAUAGACUACAAA